AUGAGUGACUUCAUCGAUUCGGUCGUCGCUUUUGGUGGCCCUCGAUGGCAUCGAGUGCUGAAGAUUCUUCCUGUCGCGGAGAUGGACAUGAUGGAUGAUGCCAAGACGCGACAUCCCCUUCUUUAUUGGAAGCUUGGCAAUGGAGACGAGUACUAUUGCAAGUGUUCUAGCCUGGAAUUCCAACGUUGGGGUGAUUCAGUAAAGUAUCAAUUCUUGGCCGAAGGAAUCUUGUCCAAGGAGAGUUUCAGCAAUGCAAAGGGCCCUGUAGAAUCUUGGGAUGUCAAGCUUACAACUCGUGCGCCUUGGUCGACAGGUAUCAACAAAAUGAAAGGUGAAACCUCUUCAGCUCGUGUUGUUGAAAUCGACGUUGACUUUCCGGCGGAAGACAAGCAAGACAUUGAUAUCGUUCGAGUUGAAGCUCUCAUUCCCAAGACGUCCGACGUUGAUAAGGGCAAGUUGCUCAAGAAGUGUGUUGAUUGGGGCAAGGCAGUUGUCGAUGCCAAUCUCCUCUACCGCGAUAUCAUUGGUGAAUUGCCAAACGGACACGAGAUCUAG